AUGGCUGAAGCGAUGGCAAGUAACCAGGAAAUUGUCAUGUGUCCUGUUUGUUUAGAUCUUCUGAAGGAUCCAGUGACUCUCAGCUGUGGACACAAUUUCUGUUUGGAUUGUAUUGAGGCUUGUUGGGAUAAGGAAGACGUGAAGGGCGUUUACAGCUGUCCCCAGUGCAGAGAGACUUUCACUCCGAGACCCGUUUUAAAGAAGAAUCAUGUUUUCUCUGAGCUCGUAGAUCAAAUGAGGAAGAGCAGAAUACAAACUACAGCUCCUGUUGAAUGUGCUGCUGGACCUGGAGAUGUGGCCUGCGACGUUUGCGCUAGUAGAAAACUCAAAGCUGUCAAGUCCUGUCUGGAGUGUGUGAUGUCGUACUGUGACAAUCACCUGAAAGCUCACAACGAACUUAAAGGUAGAAAUCACAACAUGAUCGAUGCCACAGGCCAGCUACAGGAGAUGGUCUGUCCUCGUCAUAAGAAGGUUUUUGAAAUAUUCUGUCGCACCGACCAGAGCUGCAUCUGUUAUCUGUGUAUGGUGGACGAUCAUAAAGGACAUGACAUGAUCACAGCUAAGGCAGAGUGGAGUCAUAAAAAGGAGGAGUUGGGGCAGAGCCAGAGGAGAUGCCAGCAGAUAAUCCAGUUGAAGGAGAAGGAGCUGCAGGAGCUGAGGAAGGCUGUGGAGACUCUCAAGUCUGGUGCACAGACAGCAGUGGAGGAGAGUGAGAGGAUGUUUACUGAGGUGAUCCGCUCCGUGGAGAGAAGGCGCUCUGAGGUGACAGAGCUGAUCAGAGCUCAGGAGAAAGCUGAGGUGAGUCGUGCUGAAGGACUCCUGAAGCGACUGGAGCAGGAGAUUGCUGAGCUGAAGAGGACAGAUGCCGAAAUGAAGCAGCUUUCACUGACACAGGAUCCCAUCCAUUUUCUCAAGAACAUUGUGUCCAUCACUGGGAGGCCUUACAGCACAACUUCAACCAGCGUGACCGUCAGCCAAAGCUUCUCCUUGGAGCCCCUGAAGAAAUCUGUAUCUGCACUGAAGAUGCAGCUGGAGGAGAAAUUAAAUUCCACCUUCCAACAAGAAGUAGUCAAAAUAUCUGCAGCAGCAGCGAAACAUGUCCAGAUCAUCCAGAACAUACAGAUGUCUGAUGGCCAGGCUCUUACUGCUGAACCAGUGACCAGAGAGGACUUCUUACAGUAUUCCUGUCACUUCACUCUGGAUCCAAACACAGCACACAGAGAACUCCAUCUGUCUGAGGAGAACAGGAGGGUGGAGAGGAGAGAUGAGGCCCCUCAGUCAUAUCCUGAUCAUCCAGACAGAUUUAUUAGGUGGCCUCAGGUGCUGUGUAGAGAGGGUGUGUCUGCACGCUGCUACUGGGAGGUUGAGAGGAGUGGAGAUGUUGGUAUAGCAGUGUCAUAUAAAAGCAUCAGCAGGAAAGGACGGGGUCAUGAGUGUCUGUUUGGAUUUAAUGAUCAGUCCUGGAGGCUGGCCCUCCGUAGCUCCAGCUCCUUAUUCUGGCACAAUAAUGAAAAGACUAAACUCCCUCUAGUGGCCAGCUCCAGAAUAGGAGUGUAUGUGGAUCACAGGGCAGGAACUCUGGCCUUCUACAGCAUCUCUGGAGACACAAUGACCCUCCUGCACAAAGUCCACACCACAUUCACACACACACUCUACCCUGGGUUUUAUUUAGGUGAUGGAUCAUCAGUGAAGCUGUUGUGAGGCCCCUACAGGUAAAUGUUGCUCCUGUGGGGCCUCUACAGCACUUGCUGCACACACACACACACACUCACACACACACACAUACACACACACACACACACACACACACACACACACACACACACAC